CCACUUCCUUCUUAAUCCAAUCAUAAUCUCUCCAAUUCCAUUAUUCGAAUACAGAUUAAAUUCACAAAAUCUCUCUGCUAGUACAAUAGUUUCUUCAAUGGAGGGAAUUAAGGAAACAGUUGUCCCAAAAUCUCCUUUUAAUGAAUCCCUAGAGGAAAUAGUUGUACCAAAUGCUCCUAUUAAUGAAGCUGCUGAAAAGAUUGUUGUCAAAGCAGAACCAAAAACACCACCGCUAAAUAGACCAACGAUUGUUCUUCCGAAUUCUCCAAUCAAAAGUGGGAAUACACCUGAUCGCCUUAAGGUCCCCAAGCCAUUCAAAUACCCUGAAAGGUACACAAGUCCAACAGAUCAAAUGAUGUCCCCGGUUUCGAAGAGGCUUCUAAUUGGUAGAAGUAGAAAGGCCAGCACACUGUUGCCACCCUCCAAAAAUCGACCUCUUCAUCAGCAUAUGGUUCAAGGUUUAAAACUUCAGGAGCCUGGUCUUUGUCAAAGUUUGAAUUGCUGAUGUUAGGAAAUUCUUAUUUCUUUGUUACUUCAAUAAAAUACUACUAGUGGGGUUUAUGCUUAUUUUCCCUUUCAUUUGUGACGUAUCAACCUCCAAAUGUAAAAGAGUACACUGUUAUUUCUACUUUAUAUAAAUACCCGACUUGAUCUUACCAAGUCGUCUAGGAAAUGGA